AUGGAUCAACAAAUUGAGAGGCAGAAGCGUAGCAAGGAGAUGAAGAGGAAGAGUAGUAGGGUGAAGAAAAGUAACAAGAUAGUAGUGACAUGUUAUCGCUGCCCCUGUCGUGCAGCAUCAUGCAUGUUCCGAGGUAUUGGGAGGUGCAUGUUUGUCUCAUGUUACCCUGUUGUGCGGUGCUUGGGUUUGGAUGAACAUAGACAUCGCCACCAUCACCACCAUGGCAAGCACUUUGAUUGUUCAGCCAUCUUUGGCAACAUGAAAAGUCUGCAAUCUGCAUAA